ACCUCGACGUACAGCCGAGAGCGGGUGUACGCCAUCUUGCAUUUUGAACUGUCACAUUUCGCGCCGAUUUUGUGUUAGUGCUAGCACUAAUUGCCAACAAAAAAUAAUAAUAGUGUAGUGAAAUUAAUUAGAAUUAUUACAAAAAGUGUGCUUUUAUUUGGAAUUCAUUUGUGCUUUUUAUAUCGGAGCUAUUCGCUGAGAUCUCGGUCUGUGAUUAGUGCUGUGUUUUUAAGUUUUUUUUCUUCUGUUUGAUACCGUUUGAACUGUCACUUCUCGUGCCCGGAUAGGACAUAUUUCGGAAGUUAGGUGCAAAAUGCGGUCAAAGCCACGUUUGCUGGUGAUGUGAGCCACACUGAUGUACGAUAACACGAGGAGAUAAACAUACCGAUGUUACCGAAACGCAAACAACCAAGUUGACGGUAGCUUAUCAGUAACCGAGGUACCAUACACCAGGUACCUCUAACCCAAUGACUGAUGAAAUCAAGGCGGAUAAUGCCGAGGAAGGCGAUCAAAUAGCCAAUGAGAAGGUCGAUACCGAAACGAAGGAACCGAAAGAAUCAAAACCGAGAACUGUGUCUUUUAAUAGAGACGUUCACGUUAAACGAUUCGAUAAGCCGCGCGCUACGCGGACCACAUCAUCCGACCAACCUAAAUCAAUAAGGAAGGAACCAUUCACUCAUCUCUCAGAAAAAGAAUUAAUCGAAGAAGCUAACAAAGUCCGAGCCCAAGCUGACGGCAUCACAUGCACCUCCGACCAUCCACCUGAAAAGUUCUUCUCUUUACCACACAGAAGGAAAAAGGACAAUAGAGUCGGUAGAAGAAACAGUGACGAAGGCACACCGGAAAAAACUCCUCUUGGACGAUCUACCAGCGAUGUAAGUAAUAAAAAGAGAAAAGAAAGAACAUCGCUGUCAACUCUUUUCCGAAGAGCGCAGACAAACAAGGUCCCUGAUGCACCAGUCGUUGUUGCUACCAAGCCUAUUACCGUUGUCAAGAGAAGCAAAAGUGACGUUUCUGAUUUAAAGUCUAACACAAAUCUUAACACCCAAAAUAAACCAAUUCGUAAAAGAUCCGGCAGCGAAACUGAGGAGUUCCUAAAGUCUUUAAGAAAUAAGAAGUCUCAGCUAUCGCCCAUCAUUGAAAGUUCACCGCGAGAGGAUUACUUCAAAACGACGCCUCCACUAGACGUGUAUCAAAAACAAAAGUCUGCGUUAAAAGAUAAUAAAUCUGAAGAAACAAAAGCUGAAGGUAAGAAAGUUAAUCCCGUUGAAAAGCCGCCCAGAUAUAAGACUCCUGAAAAACCAGAGCCCAAGGCACCAGCAAGGGCUAAGAAGAGCAAGUCACAAGAAAAGGAAAAAGAAAAAUCCCCUCAAAUAACUGAAACACCUAAACGGAAAACCGACGUAAAGAAAACAUUACUCGUGGAUGAGAUCGAUUCGACAAAGAAUAAAGAUACCCAUCCUGUUGAAGUCAAAGAUAGAAUUAAAGAUAGUAUAAGGAAAAUUGAAGAAAACGUUUAUGGUGAUAAAGAAAUGAUACAUAGUAGCCAGCAGCCACCUGAUAAGCCGCCUUUGACUCGAGGGCAUACGGUUGAUCAUUUAGUGCGUAUCUUAAAGGAAGAUCAGUCUUCACCACCUCCUAAAUCUCAUUUGAUAUCACCACCAAACGGGACGAAUAUAAAUCAACCAUUUUCCUACCUAAAACCAAGUGUGAGUCCUGAUCCUAAUCUAUUCGCUAGGAAUACCAGUCCUGAUAGGGUGCCUUCACCUGUUAAUAAAAUGGAUAAAGGGAUAGUGUACGCUCACGUGGUAAGAGACAAUGACACUCAUAUCAAUAACAGACUAAAUAAACAGACUGUCCAUAAAACUUACUCACCCUCCAGGGAAAAGUAUGGAAACUUCUCAGAUGAAGACGAAGGAUUGGGAUAUGAAGAAAGACACAAAUUCACUAAAACUCGUAUGUACGAUUACGAUUAUAAGAAUAAAGAAAAUGAUAAUUUCAAUACAUUUGAACCAACAUACAACAUCACAGACUCUCCUAUCAGACCUAGAUUCAGAGAAUAUAAAUUGACAAGCUUCGAAGAAUUCGAACCAACAUAUGCAAACGAAUACUCUCCGAAAGAGAAGUCACCUGAUUUGAGUAAUCAAUACAGAGGAAGAGGCGAUGGAAUGGACACAAAGAAAAAACAAUAUGAGCCAGAAACUACAAAAGUAGAUUUGGAUUUUAAUGAGCUGAGUCACAGACGGCAGCUUCUAGAAUCACGACUUAAUGCUCGUAGACUCGAUCGUGAUAGAAAUGUUGAAGAGCCCAUAUCAAGGUAUUUACCUGAAGAUCCCAUAUAUGAAGCAGAGAAACGUAUGCAAGCUACAGAAAGAUAUGUUAAUGAAACAGUUCGUUAUUAUAGGAACACUUUGGAAAGAGAUGGUUUUGCUGAAAGUAGUGUGACAGAGGAUUACAAUAAGUAUGACUCUGAUAAUCAUAAGGUUAAAUACAAUACUGAAAGCAGAACUUUCCAAAAAGUCCCAAAAGGUGAACUUGAUAGACGUGAAUUCAUCGACAGGCUGGAGCCCAGGUUUAAGGGCAAUAAGAAGGAUUUCCCGCCUGAGCCUGAGUAUGAGCCUCCGAGCUUAGAAUCUAACACAGGCAAACCACUGCUCACCCCUGAUGAAUAUAAAGAGAAAAAGUACAAAGCUAAAAAGCAACUUACUUCUAGUCAUGAUGUUCUUCAAACUGGACAGAAAUAUAAAGGAAAAGAUGAAUAUUUCGGCAAAAGGAAAGGACAUUACUCCUCUAAUCCUGAAAUAGCGCAAGAACGUGAAGAGGAAUACGCUAACCUUCCGAAAUAUGCUGAUUCUUAUCACUCAUUACGCAGAGCUAAGAACAAGGAGAGAUACAAGGAAGAGUUUAGUAUGAGACGACACGAUUCUGGAGACAGUCGAGAAUAUUAUCGAGAUGAUAGAUCUCCCCGUCGCUAUGAUAUUGACAAUCGAUUGGUUGAUUCGGGGAUUGAAAAUGAUUUCCGAAAAGACUCCAGUGGAGAGUUACAUAGAACCAGGCACAGAAGACAUGAGAGUGAUGACGAUGUUAGAGACACUUCUUUAUUUUUGGCAAGUGAAAGACAGCAUACAGAGGAUAAUUAUCCUACUGAACAGAUUUACGCCAAUGGCGAGUAUUUGGCAAGGUUUAAAGAUUACAGGGAGGACGGUGUUAGGAAGGAGUACAGGGGGCGAGAUAGAAGUGCUGAUGAAUGUUCACAUUUUGAUCCUAAAGUUGACAGAUACGAGAAAAGUCCUAGCAGACUUGAUGAGAAAGUCAGUGCGAAACCGCCAAAGGCUAAGAAACUAACUGGACUUGAAAAGAUGAAGCAGCUGUUCUCUCGCGACUCUUCUAAGAAGAGCAAGAAAGAGAAGGAGACUGUCCAGCCAAAGAAUCGCACACGGGUGCUCAAGAGCCCUGAACAUCUUGCCCAUGACGACUCCGACUAUAGAAGGUACACCGACCCUGAGCCCAGUGACAUCGUGGUGAAGAAGAUUGAAUACGACUGCAAAGCUGAUGAGAGGAGGUACAGGAGUUCCAGGGAAGACCUGGACAGGUACAGAAGCUCAGACCCUCGCGAUAGUGACCCUGAGAGGAAGUAUAGAGAAGAAUAUAAUGGAAGAUAUGACAAGACACUCAAAGAAGACAGAAGAUACAAGGAGCGCAAAGAGGAAAAGAGACGAUACCACUCGUCGGACAGGGAGAGUGACCGGCAGUCGAGACCUUCUGAUGGCGAGAGUGACCUGAGGAAGUCGAGGUCCAGACCAUCUGAUGUCGAGAGUGACCUGAGAAAGUCGAGGUCCAGACCUUCUGAUGGUGAAAGUGACCUCAGGAAGUCGAGGUCCAGACCUUUGGAUUCACCCGCUUUGGCUGAACGAUACCGCGAGAGACGCAGGCUAGCCACCCCGAGCCCGACGCCGUCCCCCCCGCGCAGACAGACCGCGCCAACACCCCCUGCAUCAGGGAACUGGUUCAAAUCCCUCGACAGGCUCACCAGGAAGAAGGGGAAGAGUACUAAGGUGGAAAAAGAGAGCAUAAUAACAACAGAAGACGAAGCUCCCCGCAAGACGUAUCCCAAACCCGCCAAACCCUUAACUUCACCAGCAAAGAACCUCCGCUUCUUCGGCGACACCGACCCAGACUCUGAUGCCAACGUGAAGCCGGUUAACGAAACCAAACGCUACACACACACGAAACACGGCACCUUGAGGAAAACCAUCUCAAACUCCAGCACAGGACUUGACGAAGUUGACCACAGCGAGCUGACGAAUAAGAGCUACUCCUUAUCAAAUCUCCACAGAGAAGACAAAAGCGAAUCGCCAAACUCAAAACAAUACAAAAGGAACCUUCAGAAUAUAUCAGAAAUUCAGAGUAAUUCGGAGACAGAGAGUCAGUUUGAUAGGAAAGUGAAUUCGAAACCGCCUAUCAGUCCGUAUGAGAGGUCCAGGAGUCAAAGCAACUCGAAGACGUUGAAGGGAUCUAAGGGUGACGUGAGGAGGAGACACGAUGAACGGGGCAGCUCAUCUGAACUGAGAGGAAGCAAGCAGGAGCUUAGCAGGGAAAUGAAACAUCGCCGUAGAACCCCCGUCACGAACUCCGGAGAGAGCAGCACCGAGGGAGACUCCAGCCACCAGUCACAGCGCAGCGUCGUCUAUCUACAUGCUACUACAGUUGGCGACAUUCCGGACCCCGGCCGCAUCACACGCAACCGUUCCCGAGAUGACGUCUCUUCAGUAAACUCCUCAAAUCUUCAAGUACGGAGCACCACGAAGAGCUUCUCUAUAUUCGCGCCAUGGACCCCCAAACAUUACAACGACCAACACGACGUACACUACGCACAACGACCGAGGAAGGCCAAACCCAAAGAAAUCGUCAAGAAGGCAUCCUCAACGAGAACGCUAACAGAAGACAAGCCAGCCACUUUACAAAAAAAUAAAUCGUACAGCCAAACUACGCUGACUCGCAGACCACAAAAUAGUCGACUGACUAGCUCUAGCACAACACUAUACAAGAAGUCUGACAAACGAAACAAAGAAAGGGAGAGUAGCAGCACUACGCCACGAAAGUCAGUCACUAGGGAUGGGAAGAAAAGUCAAUCGAGCGAGUUGAUUAGCCGAGAGAGCGACCGAGAAAGGGUCUCUAGGUCAAUAUCGAUGCCUAAAGACAAUAAUAAAAAAGCGGGCUGGUUUAAACUGUCCAGUAAAAAUAAAAAACCUGAAAUUAAUACAAGAGUACGCUAACAAUGCAGCCAUGGACGUCCAUUAACUACCUACUUAUUUACAUAAAUUACGAGUAUUUGAAAAAAUCUAAUGUUUACUGAAUGACUGUUAACAGCAAUAUUUUGUAAUUCUUAAGUUGCAGGGUCCCACUUUUAAAACUGAGCUUAUUUAUUUGUGCAGUGUCCCUUGUUUGUGCCCUUUAAUUAUUUUCUAAUUAUUGUUUAACUGACAAUGCAAUGAGUGCCAUACUCGCCUCGACACUAUAUUUGAAAUACAUUAUGCAGGCAAAGAUGGUCAAUAUCUAAUUCUUUGUAUGGUAUUACCACUUUGAAAUGGUUCUCCAAUAAUAAAACUGAAAUUGGUCGCUCUUUCAGUAUUCUCCUGAAAUUGCUUAUCAAUGAAAUAUACACUUUUAGUUUAUUAUUAAGUAGUUACCUACUUAAAGAAUAUUUCAAACAAUCUCACAUUUGAGUCAAGAUUUCCUAAGCGGUGCUAAGGUAUUAAAAAAUUAUACUUGUCUAUUAAAUAAAAAUAACAUAGUCCCUUCCUAGUGGUUACUUUCUUAGUGCCAUUGACCACAUUUACUUAUUCAAUAAUGUUACCAUUUUAUUAUUUUGUAGUCAUUACAUAAAAUGCUUUUAUUACUAAUGAGAUAUUGAAAAUAUCUGUGCAUAAUAAUUUUAAUUUUAUUCUCUUGUAAUUUAGGUAUCUUUCCUUAUUUUAAUGCUUCUAAACUAAGUACUACUAAAGUUCAGAGUAAAGACGUUACUUUGAAAUCAAUAAGCCUGCGAACAUAACGUCGUUUGUAAUACUUAAAGUGUUAAAAUGUAAUGUAGCUCGAUUGUACUUGAAAAAUUUAUAAAUAAACAUCUAAUUAUAAUUAA